UUAACAUAAAUUUGGGGUCACAUUAAAAUAUUUACAAAUUAGACAGCUGUUUCUUUCCGGCGGAGCCGUCAGGCGAUCACUUCCGGUUCAACCCGAAAUUACUGGUUCCGGCAUGGAGGACGACCAGCUAUCAUCAUUCCUGAAAUCCGGCAUUUACCGGCUUCAAAGCGCAAAUGCCUUCUUCAUCGAUCCUGUUCGAGUCGUAAACCGGUCGUACACGAGGUAUAGGGUUUCACCUUCUGCUUACUACUCUCGUUUCUUCGACUCUACCGAGAAGCUCGAGACCUCCACAGAAUCGAGAAAGCGGAAACGCAACGAGAAGAAGACUAUCUCUCUCAAUGAACGGGAAAAAGUCGCCGAACAACGUCAUCAGGAGGUGAGACCAUUGCUGUUGAAGGCACACGAAGCUUUGCUUGGAGCCACUGAGCUUUUGAAGGUGGUGAGAAAUUUGAGGUGCGAAGAAUGUACGGACGAGGAACGUAGAGAAUUGUCUCAGCAGAGCUGUGAGCUUUCCUUUGUGGAUUUAGGGAGUGUCUGGCAAGCUCCACUUUAUGAAAUUGUUCUUAAUUAUCAGGAAGGGGAUGCACACAUUGAAAAUGAAGGAUCUCAUCUUGGUCAAGAUGUGAUUCCAGCCUUUGAUAAUCUUGUUGUGAAUAAAGGAAGUGGUGAUGCAGAGGCUGAAUUUUUGAACCACAAAUAUAUUAUUCCCAAGGAGAGUUGUUUCUACAUGUCUGAUGUGCGGAAAAUUCACAACUUAAUCCCUGCUGAUUCAGAUAGUGGCUUUAAUAUUAUAGUCAUUGAUCCACCAUGGGAAAACAGUAGUGCCCAUCAGAAACAAAGGUACCAAACAUUGCCCAACCGAUUUUUCUUAUCUCUUCCCAUCAAGCAACUUACUCAUACUGCUGGAGCCUUGGUAGCCUUAUGGGUUACCAACAGGGAAAAAUUGCGGAGUUUUGUUGAGAAAGAAUUAUUUCCAGCAUGGGGUGUAAAAUAUGUGACCAGCUUUUAUUGGUUGAAGGUGAAGGCAAAUGGAUCACUGAUCAGUGAAUUGGAUCUCUUUCAUCACAGGCCAUAUGAAUGCCUUCUCCUGGGUUACUCUGAUGGGAAGGACAAUACUUCUGAUUUCUCAAAAUUGAAUGCCAUACCUAAUAAUCAAGUCUUCAUGAGUGUUCCUGGUGAUUAUUCAAGGAAGCCCCCAAUUGGAGAGCUGCUGCUGGAGUAUAUGUCAGGAACCAAGCAUGCCCAUUGCAUUGAACUAUUCUCUAGAGAACUAUCAGCUGGAUGGACUUCUUGGGGAAAUGAACCUCUACAUUUUCAAGCUUCAAAAUAUUUUGUGUCAAAGAAUAGACAAAUGAAGGCUCCAGAUUCCGCAUAUAAUUCCUUUACAUGAAAGUUGUCGUGGAAAUAUAUCCCUUCAACUGUUCUUAAAAUGUUACUGCAGUCUGCAUAUGAACUGAGAGGCAGAUUAUGUGGUUGAUAAGCACAUUUGAUGCACUUGGCAGUUUUGUAUCCACAUCCUUUAUCCAUAUCAGAAGGAAUGCUAGAUGCAAUUGAGGGGUUAUCUCAGCAGGAACCAAAUCAUAAAGAUCCCUGCAACCCAAAUACGGCGAAUACCUAAAGUUGUUUGAAGGGCAAUAGCUGGAGGAUACUGGAUACAUAGGACAGACAUCCUCUCCUCGGUGAGCUAGUCCGUGGUAAAAAAUUUGUGAAGUUGAUUGCAGAAACAUUUUGAGCGCGUUGGGUAUUUCUUCUACUGAAUGGAUGCACGUUUCUUUGAAUUUAUUUAUGACCAAACAAAAGCCUGUUUGCAUGAGAGUAUUCUUUACGGUUUGACCAACUAAAGGAGAGUCAAGUGAAUUUCAAGAGUAAACUGAUCUGAUGAGGCCAAAGUGUUUGGAGAAAUCCAACUUGAUAUUUGCUUUAUUAUGUAAGCCACCAGUCCACCGAAAUGAAGUGGAGUGUUCCAAUGUCCAAGCACGUCUACAACAUCAAGCUGUAAAGGUUAUUUCCGAAGAUAAUUUCUUUAAAAUCCACACAUGUUAGUGUUCACACGCAGUGGCGAUCAAUCAAGAAAAAGCAAAAGCGCGGCGGGGCAGUCAAUCAUUACUGGCACACCAUACGUAUAAAAAGUGUAUACAUACAUACAUACAGUACACAAAUACGGCAGGGACAGGUAACAGUGUAACACUCUCCCCCCUUCCCUUCUGAAUUCUGAUCCAAAAAAGCUAUAAAGCAAAGCACAAACACACAGUCUGUGAGAGCGUAUUUCUCGUGACGCCCCCCGUCCCUGCAACGCAAUAUACGCUACCCCCACUUCAUUAUUGUAGAGAGAGAAAAAGA